UUGCUAACCAAAUUAUAAAAAGUUGAAAAAGUACAAAAAUCAUUGAUUGUCAAUACAAAUUGCAUUACUGCAUUUCAAAAGUUAAACAGAUAAUUAUAACGAUAAACAAAAGUUUUCUGAAAUAUACCAAGUCUUAAAGUUGACAUUUAUCGACAUUUUCUUUCAUGCAACGGAUGUCAAAGUGGAUUUUAUCAGUUAAUGAUAUCUAUCGAUAAGUAAUGCCGACGGUCUAACUGGAAAUUGCACGAAAAAUGAAACAAAAUGGAAUUUCUCUUCAGGCUGGUGAAAAAGAGAGUAACCAAGUUGCCAUACUUUUAAUGGCAUUACUCAUUACUACAUCUGAAGGAUUCUUUUUCGAAUACCCUAAGAAGGUUGUGAGUGAUUUUAUACAUUCGCUGAAGGCAAAGAAAGAGGCGAAGAAAAAUCCGUAUGAUAUACAUCAUUAUCACGUUCAUUAUUAUCCAGUGAUACUGCCAUCUGAUCCGCCAACAAUAGCACCCAAAAAAUACGAAUUAGAAAAUAUUUACAACCAUCAUCUUGAGACUCUUGGAUGGUCAGAUUAUGGAUACAAAUAUGUUCCCGAGCCCAAGAUAAAAAUUCCUUUAAAUUUAUUCAACUCGUGGAAAACUUCCGUACCAUGGCAGGAGGAAACUGCAGAAGUAGAAAUUGUAGAAACAGUGAAUCACGGGAUCAAUAACGAUAUAUAUGUAGAAAUUCCAGUUAAAGAAAAAAUCGUCAUUGAGAAAUCUGACUUUGACAAAAAAUGGAAAAAGAGCGUUUCAUAAAAUUUAUAUCGCAAAAUAUAAACGCAUGCGCAAUGUACAGGAAUUGUACAUUUGUCGAAGAACAAAUGGUCAGUUCUAUAAAACUAUCAAGGAUAUUUUAAAAAAGUGUAAUUAACACUUUCGCUGCUAUUGACGCAUACGUUGGGUCUCUCUAAUUAUUUUAAUGAUAUAGUAGACUUGACUAGUGUGUUUCUAUUUUUAUCGAACGUUUCUUGCUGUCAUAUGUUUUCUUUUGAAGCGAGAAUAAAUGCUGUGUCGCAAAUGUUAAUUAUAUGAUGUUACUUAUGAAUUUUUUACAACCUAUUUGUUCAAGUAAUGGGUACCAA